UUAUGAUGUCGUUUUCCUUUCAAAAACAAGAACAAACAAAUUCGAAUAUAGCCCAGCUUGCGGCGGCUCUGCGUUAAAUUGACUCUUAGCGACUCUGUAGACUGGCAGCAAUUUUUCCUUUAUUUCCUUGUAAAUUAUAUUUUUAAUUCGAUAUUUACUAAACUCUAAAUGAAUUAGCAGCACUUAUUCCAACAACAUGAAUCGCCAAUUGGUGGAAAAUAUAUUGGCCGUAAUAAAGGCAUCCACUGACAAAUCAGUCAUUGUCAAGGGACUUACGAAACUUCGGACAGAUGUCGUCAAAGAUAAAAAUGGUAUACUAUUGUUUAGAGAAGCUGGAGGAGUGGCUCCAAUGGUGCGUUUCUUGUCAAAACCCCAUGAACAAAUCUUGGAGGUGGCUUUGAGUAUCAUGGGUAAUUGCUGUACGGAUGAACUAAGCUGCAAAGAAGCUCUGGAGAACAAGAUUUUCAUACCUUUGGCCACAAUAUUGAAGUCCAUUCCAAAUCCCUUGAUACAGUGCCGCGCUUGUCGUCUUCUAGGCAAUUUAGCCAAGGUAGAUGCCAAUCAAUUGUUAUCUACCCAUUGUCCAGCGAUUGCCCAGGCAUUGUGUCGCAUCAUUGAAGAUGCCUCUGAUGUACAAACACGUAUGAUGGCUUUCCGUGCUUGCCGCUUCCUCUUGGCAAACACCCAAUUUAUGAAGCACUUUCUGCAAUCCUCUGGCUUAACUAUAUUGCUACGCAUAUUAUCAGCGACUAUGAAAAAUGAAUCGAAUGAUGCAGAGGAGAAAUUACUUACUGACGCUCAGGCACCCCUUAAGGUGGGCCUUAAGAGAAAUCAACAUCGUGAAAAAUAUUUUGAAGAGGUGGCUCGUAAUUUGGAAGGUGUCCGUAGUGACAUAUUUGAUCAUGAAGUUCUAAAAAAUUCCACUCGCAACUCGAAUGCUUACAUUAUACCAGAAGAGCGUGCAGCCUUGGAUCUUGUGUGUGAAAUUUUGAAAUGUUUACUUGUCAUUUCGGAACUACAGAUGAGCAAUGUAGUGUGGGAAUCUCUUAACCGAGCCAAUUGUACCUUGGCUCCCAUAGUAUAUUUCAUAACAGAUGAAAAGAAAAACAAACAUCGCAGCGCAGCCUUGAAAAUUCUAUCGAAUUUGUCAAAAAAUCAAGGAGCAUUUUAUAUUCUAAGUUCGGCUGAUUCCAUAUUGGCAGCCUGCGAGCUGUUGGUGGCCGAUGAAGACCUAAGUGAAAGCGAAAGAAGGCAUUGUAUUCAUAUAAUAAGUAUUUUAUCCACAGAUGCUUGCAAUCGUUCCAAAAUACGACGCUCGGGAGCAUUGCGCAAAUUCAUAGCUAUGAUAAAGGACACAGGACCUCCUGCUGAAAAAGCUUCGAUCUUAAAUGUUUUAAUAAAUUUCCAAUAUGACAAUAUGAGUAUGGAUUUAAUGCUACGUGAAGGCCUUGUCCUAGUUCUCAUAAAGGAACUUAAUGUUUAUAUAAGCAGUGAGGAGGAAUUUUACAAAAAGAAACGAGAGGAGAAAUUGCAAUCAACAAAGAAGAGGAAGUUACCCGAUGUUGUUAAGGAAGGGAAAUGCAAGUUCGCCAAAGUACGAGAAGAAACGUUUUUUGACAGUGACUCACCCAGUAGUUCGCCCCGGUCUUAUAAUGGACCCUCAAGUCCUUGCAGUAGUUCCCGCAGUAUGUCACCCGUGGGUAGUGGUUAUUUAUAUCAACCCAAUCAAGCCGAUUCCGAUGAAGAAUCUUACUCUCCGGUUUGCAGCGACGAUGAGGAGGAGGAGGAUGAACAAGACACUUCCAGUCAUUUGUAUAAUAACCCAAAUGCCAGUAAUAACGAUCACACUAUUAUAAUGAAUCUUUUGGAUUUGGCUGCCCACUCUGAGGAAGAUAGUAUUUUAAUAGAAGAUGAGGAAGAAAUCAGCCAAGAUGUACCUGCCAUCAAAUUGCCUCAAUUGGGAAAUCUGCCCCAUAACACUAUAGACGUUAUUGACAAUUUGCUAUUUCGUGUAACAUGUUUGGUGACGAAGAGCAAUGAUUUGGGCAAACCUGAGACUAUGAAUACACUGAUAAAGGCUUUAAAUUUAUUUGGGGUUAAUACCGAUUUCUCUGGAUCUCUUACCAAUAUACUGCUGGAAAGUCAGUUCUUUGGUAAUGUCAUCAGGCAAGGUAUAUCCCAUCAAUUGUAUCAAUUGACUAAAGUUAAGGAGACCAGCAAAGAUGGUUUUGGCUUUUUGGAUACCCUUACCUCGGUUGGCGAAUGCAAUUAUGGCAAAGAGGAACUAGCUCGUCUUUUGCGCAGCGAUGAUGUAAUCUCACAGAAACGUGCCGCCAUUACCGUGGGCUAUUUAAUACGAAGCAAGCCGUUAUUGUAUCAAUUUUUGAAUGAUGGCAAUGCCUUGACUCUUCUUCUGGGUAUUAUACUAAGUUCCAGACAGGAUGACUUCACUGCCGAGGCUGUUGAUGCUCUGACAUGUAUGUCCCGCUAUACAUUGGGCAUUAAUGUGCCUCAACUUAAUGGCGAUAAACGUUUGGAUGAAUACGAUGAGUUUGUAGAGGAUGCCGGCCAAUCUCUACACGAGCACUGUGAUAUGCGUUUUGUAGUACACGCACCGCUUAGAGAAAAUGAAGCUAGCACGGAGGGAAGUGAAAGUUUUGAAUGCGUUGAAGAUGAUAAAAACACCACCAGCACCGCCACCACAAAUGUAGAUUUCAAUAAGGCUUUACUUUGUUCCACCAGCGAUGUUUUCAAUACCAUGUUGAAUAGUGAUUUUCGCGAAGGCAAAGAGGGCGAAAUACAUCUGCGUAAUUAUACGGUCAGUGGCCUACGCUAUUUCCUUAAUUUAAUAGUGCGCAAAUCGAAAAAUCUCAAAUAUAAUAUACCGCCAGCCGACAAAUAUUCCGCCCUCUUGGAAGCUUUUGAGAUGUCUCGCAUCUACAUUAUACCAGAAAUGGAGCAAUUCGUUUUGCAAAUGCUAAUAGCCCUGCUAGAUGAGACUAACUGUCUGGAUGUCUUGGAGUGGUCCAUGAAGAACUAUCAUGUCGAAUUAACUGAAAUGACCAUCAACUAUUAUUUGUGUUCAUCGCUAAGUACUGAAGCUAAGGUUAAUCUAUUUAGGACUGCUGACUAUUCGACAUACUCAACGGAAUGGUUUCAAAUGAUUAUGGAGGCUAUUCUGGCCAGAUGUCGCAAUGGUUUUUAAGAUUCGAUAAACAUACUCUCCCCCCC